UCCAGGUGCUCUGACAUGUUCUCCCCGUGUCAGCGUGGGUUUCCUCCAGGUGCUCUGACAUGUUCUCCCCGUGUCAGCGUGGGUUUCCUCCAGGUGCUCCCACAUGUUCUCCCUGUGUCAGCGUGGGUUUCCUCCAGGUGCUCCGACAUGUUCUCCCUGUGUCAGCGUGGGUUUCCUCCAGGUGCUCCGACAUGUUCUCCCUGUGUCAGCGUGGGUUUCCUCCAGGUGCUCUGACAUGUUCUCCCUGUGUCAGCGUGGGUUUCCUCCAGGUGCUCCCACAUGUUCUCCCCGUGUCAGCGUGGGUUUCCUCCAGGUGCUCUGACAUGUUCUCCCCGUGUCAGCGUGGGUUUCCUCCAGGUGCUCCCACAUGUUCUCCCUGUGUCAGCGUGGGUUUCCUCCAGGUGCUCCGACAUGUUCUCCCUGUGUCAGCGUGGGUUUCCUCCAGGUGCUCCCACAUGUUCUCCCUGUGUCAGCGUGGGUUUCCUCCAGGUGCUCUGACAUGUUCUCCCUGUGUCAGCGUGGGUUUCCUCCAGGUGCUCCGACAUGUUCUCCCUGUGUCAGUGUGGGUUUCCUCCAGGUGCUCUGACAUGUUCUCCCUGUGUCAGCGUGGGUUUCCUCCAGGUGCUCUGACAUGUUCUCCCUGUGUCAGCGUGGGUUUCCUCCAGGUGCUCUGACAUGUUCUCCCUGUGUCAGCGUGGGUUUCCUCCAGGUGCUCCCACAUGU